UCCAUUAUGGGCAUGGAUAGAAUAAAGCUACGAUUCUACAAAUGGUGUUAAAAACAUUAGCGUUACGUAGUCGAUGGCUGAUCAACACCCCACGCAUAGUUUCUUGGUCUGUUACCAUCUUAGCUAAGCGCGUUAGGCUGUAUUUCGUUUAACAGAGUCGAGGGGCAAUUGGCAAUCGCCGCCAGUUGUCCAGACUGUCCAGAGUUAUUCAGUUCGGUCAGCGCUUUCAGCGAGUAUCGUUGCUCGUCGACAGGAGAGGAGCACGAAAUUUUAUCCUCGCGAUAGUGCAGACGUGUGAGACGAACCCCCUUUCAACGAUCAACCUUUGACCCCAUCGAGUGCAAGCAAAAGCCUAUCCGUAGGUGCGCUGGUCGACGGUAUUCUUCGAACUCCGCUGCGAUUAGCUGGAUUAUCGUUAUCGGGACUUCUUGCUCGGAAUUCGUGUAAAGUUUCUUUAGGCCCACCAUGCUACCGAGAUUGGUAUUACCAAUAAUUCUGCUACUUGUAAUUAUAGCAAUAAGCACGUUGUCGCAGGCUUGCGAUUUGGAUCAGGUGCAAUAUGGAUGUCGCAUCCAUAAUGCACAAUGCAGUUGUGGUUAUGGCUGUUCUUCCGAAUACAGAUAUAACAAUAACGAGGAUUGCAAAGAAGCACUAAGAGGCAAACGUAGCGAUAUAUGCAACGGAUUGAAACCUUGUUUGAAUGGAGGAUCAUGCUUGCAAAUAUCGUCGGAACCUGGAUUUAAAUGUCGCUGCGAGGGAACUGGUUAUUAUGGGCCACAUUGCAAUAAACUUUGCCCAGGAUUGAAUCACCUACGUCUCCGAGGAUCGUUCCCCUACGAAUGCGUUGUAAUCUGAUUUACAAUUUUUUCUUGUUACUUUCAUCUAUGCAAAAUCAAAUACACUCAGUAUGUUAAAUAUAAAAAAUAAACACGU